ACACGCCACACCAAUCAGGAGCCCCGUUCGUGGGCGAACGGGUUUUUCAAAAUGAGGGGUCCGCAAUCAAGCGUUUCCUCUCUCGUCCCACCACCCCCUGCUUCGUCAUGUUUUUGCUCUCGCUCCAAUUUACGCGCGGCCAGAGUGCGGAAAAGCUCAAAAGCUGCCUACUAAUCGAGCGCAACGCUGUAAUAAUGUGGACAGUCACGUAUGCUCCCUAGAAUUAGAAAGCUUGCGGGACCUAAAGAUCGGAAAAGAGCAGUAGAAACGCCUGGAUCAAAACUGAGAAAAUAUUGAUCAGCAAUGGAACAUUCUAAAUGGCUAUAAUUUUCAUUGUCGGCCCUCUCCUUGCGUGAAUAACUACAGACAGUCACGGAUAGUUGCUAUGCCUGUAACACCGUGCUCAGUUCGACGUCUAUGUUUGGGGCUCCCGAAGUCGCUGCAAAUGGCCAAUACUUCGUUAAUGAAACGUCGAGCCAUAACGACAUGGUGAGUCCAUUAUUCACGAAUUAUCAACCAUGAGCUCACUUGUCGUCUUGCUCGAUUGAACGACUUCCACGAUAUACUGACACUGUCAGAAGGAAUCUACAAUGGGCACGACUAUGUACCUGUCAGAUUCCACACAUGGAUGAAAAUGGAAAAUUCAGCUGUAAUGCUUUCUUAUGCAGACAAGAAACCUGCAGGACUACUUGUGUGUUCUGUUGUUGACGAAGGAAGGUCAUUUGUCAGUCGUGCAGCCCGCGUUUUACCGGAGUUUCGCGGACAAGGCGUCCAUAAAAUGCAAGGGAAAGCGAUGGACGAGUUUGUGAGGAGAACAUUCCCAAACGUUAGGCGGAAACGAUUAACAAAGCAAGACGAUAAUUUUCCCCUUGGUAGGAAGCUUGUACAGCUAGACACAUUGGGUUGUUACGUUGAAAAGGCGACCCUGCUAACACAUCAGAUUCCGGCUGUUGAAAGUUCAGUGGAAGUCAUUUCGUGCCCAAAAGAGUAUCUUUACAAUGCAAUAUUUGCUCGCUGCACAGCGCAGAAGUUGUUUCCAGACAACGUUAUCAUCCUAGACUGUCUUCCUGUGGAGCCUCUUGGAUCAAAUAUGGAUUAUUUAAUGCUAGAGCACGAUGUGUAUUUCACUGUAGAAAAGUGUACCGAUGUUACCCAGUCUCCUAAAUCAGUCAGCUUUGGCGUCUUGUCGCCGAGAGUAUCAAAACUUGUACACUGGUGCGCUACAGUUUACAGUUGUGAAAAAGUUCUGUACGAGGCUCAUCUUGUGCACCAAUUCAAGAAGGCUUGCGAAGUUAUCAAAGAUACUUUUAUUUUUUCCUGUUAUCAAGACAAAACGUAUACAAACUGUGGGAGAAGAGUGUUUAAAGAACAGUUGCAGAUGACAUUAGAUGAGGAGAGAUGCAAGAAAACGUUGAAUCUCUACGAAAUAGACUUUCCGUAGUCAAUUUCUGUUUACACGGUUUGGUCACGCUUGACCCGUUACAAGAGCAAAAGUAGCCUCAGGCUACGCAGACACUUUGGGCUCGUCACGCAAUCUUUGAGGAUGAGCCCAAAUUAAAGAGUGUCCGCAUAGGAGGCUAGAGCAAAAGGACCGGAUCGAUGAUUGAAGGAUCGGUGGGUAUGCUACCAACUUUAAGAACCAUCUGUCUCAAAACCUUGUUGCACUUUAUUCACUCUAGUAUGUCCUUUUGCUUAAUUCAUAAUAAAUUGGAAGUAGAAGUUUAUAAUACUUUGCAACUUUCUUUAUUCAAAUUAUACUUGCUCUAGCUCCAUUGCAUGUCACGUUGACCACUUUCUCCAGUGCAAUGGUAAGGAAAUGAUUAGACCAGCAAUAGGGCAUUGUGAUUGGCUGAUCUUAGUUAUUGUCAUUCUUGGCUUCUAAGUCUGGUUGAGAAAUUACUCUAAACUCUGUGAUGCUUUAGACUUAAAAAAUCUCUGGUAUGACAAUAAAAACUUAAAACAGUAUAACUCAAAUAGAACAAGUCCUCUCAUUAGUCAAUUCGCCUCUCAUGGUAUAUUUCGUGUCGUGUCCAGCCUCCUCUGGUAUAACUAGAAUUUAAGUGUCAAUCAAUCAAUCAAUCAAUCAAUCAAUCAAUCAAUCAAUCAGUCAAUCAAACAAACUUUAUUUAAAGAAGAUGACACUUAAUAAUCGUACAACUAAUGAACUGGUAGCUUCUUAACCCUUUAAAACCGAAAGUUUCACAAAAAAAGGCCUUUCUUAACCGUGAAAGUCGGUUUUUGGCUGCCAUGACGCUCAAUAAGCCUUAGUUUUGCUUAAAACAAGCUAUUUUUUGACCAAAAAGAUAGAUUUCCCCAAG